AUGUGGAGCAACAGGAUCUCUCAUAUCCUGCUGAUGGAAAUGAUCUGUAGUCAGGAAGAAGUGCAGGAAGAAGUAGUGAUCCCCUGUGCCUAUGACAGUGAUUCACAAAGUGUGGAUUUGGAGCUGAGCAACUUUGAGACUAUUAAAAAAGGCUCAAGUAGCAUUGAACUGACAGACUUGGACAUCCCUGACAUCCCUGGACUCCACUGUGAGCCCCUGUCACAUAGCCCCAGACACCUGACCCAACAGGACCCGCUCAGUGAGGCCAUUGUUGAGAAACUGAUCCAGUCCAUCCAGGUUUUCAAUGGUGAGCUAAAGGGUGAACUUGAAAAGCUGAAAUUCCUAGGAAAUCUGUCUUCUCUUAGCCAAGCUUUACCUUAUGAUGAAACCGCGAAAUCAUUCAUUCACAGCCACAUAGCAGACAUUGUGCAUACCUUAAAUGUACUGGUACAAGAGGAGCGCCCGCAUUCUCUGUCCAGUCCCGUGCGCCAGGAGGUCUUUGUCACCAUCGCUGAUCUCAGUUACCAAGAUGUCCAUUUGCUGUUUGGCUCUGAAGAUCGAGCUGAGUUGUUCAGUCUUAUCAUCAAGAGUAUAAUCACUCUGCCCUCUGUAAGGACCCUUACCCAGAUACAGGAAAUCAUGCCCAAUGGGACCUGCAACACAGAGUGUCUUUACAGGCAGACGUUUCAGGCGUUCUCUGAGAUGCUCCAGAGUUUGGUGGUAAAAGACCCACAUUUGGAAAAUCUUGACACCAUUAUUAAGCACUUGGACCCCUGGUUACAGUCAGUCAAAGACCAUGAGCGGGAACGGGUCACGGCCAGCAUAGCCCAAGUUCUGAAGUGCCUAUCCAGACAUCUCAUCUUGAAGCUUCCACUGCGAUUCCAAAGACUUGGACACCUAGUGGCUCUGAUGGCACUACUCUGUGGGGACCCACAGGAAAAGGUGGCCGAGGAGGCUGCAGAGGGCAUUCACUCCCUGCUGCAUAUCACCCUGAGGCUGAAGUAUAUCACUCAUGACAAGAAAAAUCAGCAAAGCUUGAAAAGAGCAUUGACAAAAUGUCGAGAAUUCCUGGAGCUCUACAGCUCUGCCGCUAAAUGCUUCUACAGCUGUCCCUUCAGAAUUGCCCAGGUCUUUGAAGGUUUUCUCGAUUCAGAUGAGCUCUGCCAGUUUAUAAUGACUACAUUUGAUACCCUGAAAAACCUGAAACAUCCCUGCAUCCAGCGAUCAGCAGGAGAAUUACUGCUAACUUUGGCGAAAAAUGCAGAGUCCAAAUUUGAGAAGGUGCCAGAAAUUAUGGGAGUUAUCUGUGCCCAGUUAUCCAUAAUCAGCCAGCCUAGAGUCCGCCAACAAAUCAUAAAUACCGUGAGUUUAUUUAUAUCGAGACCCAAGUACACAGAUAUAGUGCUCAGCUUCCUUCUGUGUCAUCCAGUGCCAUAUAACAGGCACCUGGCUGAGGUGUGGAGAAUGCUGGCGGUGGAGCUUCCCAGCACAACCUGGAUUCUGUGGAGGCUCCUGAGGAAGCUGCAGAAAUGCCAUAAUGAGCCCGCACAGGAGAAGAUGGCAUAUGUGGCUGUGGCUGCAACAGAUGCCCUUUAUGAGGUGUUUUUGGGAAACAGGCUUCGAGCAGCUACGUUCCGACUCUUUCCUCAGCUUCUCAUGACACUGCUUAUCCAGAUUCAUCACAGCAUCGGCCUCACCAUGUCUGAUGUCAACAUCCCAAGUGGCCUGUACACAGAACAGGAAGUGCCUUCAGAGGUCACCCCUUUGUGCUUUGCCAUGCAGGCUACAAAGACUCUCCUUCUCAGAACAUGCUGCUUGCAGGAAUUCAACAUCAUGGAAAAGAAUAAAGGAUGGGCUCUCCUGGGAGGGAAAGAUCACCAUCUUCAGGGAGUAUUUCUCCUUGCCAACGCAUUGCUGGAAAGAAAUCGGCUCCUUGCACAGAAGGUCAUGUACUUAUUAGUCCCUCUUCUUAACCGAGGGAAUGAUAAACAUAAACUCACAUCUGCAGGCUUUUUUGUGGAGCUUCUCCGGAGUCCAGUGGCCAAGAGACUGCCCAGCAUAUACUCUGUUGCCCGCUUUAAAGACUGGCUACAAGAUGGAAAUCAUCUCUUUAGAAUUCUCGGCCUGAGGGGACUGUACAAUCUUGUUGGACACCAGGAGAUGAGAGAAGACAUCAAGAGCCUGUUGCCAAACAUUGUAGACAGCUUGCGUGAAACCGAUGAGAAGAUCGUUCUGUCAGCCAUCCAGAUACUCCUGCAACUUGUUAGAACAAUGGAUUUCACUACCCUGGCUGCCAUGAUGAGGACCCUGUUCUCCUUAUUUGGUGAUGUGAGAUCUGAUGUUCAUCGUUUCUCCGUGACUCUCUUUGGAGCCGCCAUAAAGUCUGUAAAAAACCCAGAUAAGAAGAGUAUAGAGAACCAAGUCCUGGACAGCUUGGUCCCACUACUUCUGUAUUCUCAGGAUGAAAAUGAUGCAGUAGCUGAGGAGAGCAGGCGAGUCCUAACUAUAUGUGCCCAGUUCCUGAAGUGGAAGCUGCCCCAAGAAGUGUACUCCAAAGAUCCCUGGCACAUCAAACCUACUGAAGCAGGAACAAUCUGCAGAUUCUUUGAAAAAAAGUGCAAGGGGAAAAUUAACAUCCUAGAACAAACACUGAUGUACUCCAAGAACCCAAAACUUCCCAUCAGAAGAUCAGCAGUCUUGUUUGUAGGCCUUUUAUCGAAGUACGUGGAUCACAAUGAGCUCAGGAGGAUGGGUACUGACUGGAUAGAGGAUGAGACAGAAUCUUGCUAUGUUGUGCGGCAAGCUAGUCUUGAACUCACGGCCUCAAGUCAUCCUCCUGUGUCAGCCUCCCAAAGUGCUGGGAUUAUAAGCAUGUACCACCACACCCAGCAGAAUUCCAGUCUUGAGAAACAGGUCAAGGACAGCUUCAAAAGAGAUUCUAAAUAA